GAUGAGCAUCAUUUAUAUGUGUAAAAUAGAAUACAUCUCUUUCUAUUUUAGUCCGCCCUUCGUCUUCAGUCGUAGAAACCCCCGAUCCUUCAGCGUUUCCAGACCGAACAGACGUGGCAAGCAAGAUGAUCCAUCCUUUUAGAGGGGGCACUAUUCAACUACCGCAUUAUGGAAUCAGCCUCUGCAUACCCGUAUUGGCGCUGCAAAAGGAGUGUGAGAUUACUCUUAAGGUUCUAGCACAGCCGUCAAGUGUCCUUUUCGCAGAGAACGAAGCUCUUGUCUCCCCUGGUGUAGUGUGUGAACCUUCGGGAACCACGUUUGAGAGCCCAUUAAAGUUGGUCAUCCCUCACUGUGCGGUGUUAACAGACCCCUCCAAGGCCAAAGUCAUCCUAUACUUCACUCAUGGUGAUACACAAGUCACCAAGAAAGAACUGUCAUCAACCGGAAUACCUAGAUGCGUAGUAAGAAAAGAUGAACUUGAAGUCUACAUUGACCAUUUCUCAAUUUGUGAAAUGUUCAUGGUCAUUUCCGACUACCUUGUUGGGAAACGUGUCGCUUCAACUCCCUACCUUCCAAAAUCAAUGAGUCGCCUCCAACCGCAAUACUGCCAUCUACGUCUGUACAAUGAUAAUCCGGGUCUUGAAGAUCUGAUCGAAAAAGAAGAAAACAAACUCAAUUAUCUAAAGAUGGCUUCGACACAGAAAAUAUUCGUGCUCUGGGAGAAAGGCGAACUGAAGAUCAGAUGCGAGGUCGACAGCGGUCAUGUCACCGAGAACGAAAAGACCGUAUCGCUAGAUGACAUCUAUAGAUUGGAUCGAAAGGUUGUCAGUUUUCUAGUGAAAGCGACAGGGAAUGCCGAUGUACAUUUCAAGUUCAACUUUCAUCCUCAUUGUGACGAGGGACAUGCCUUCAAAGCAGAAUUCUCAGAUGUUGGUGAAGCUCCUAUCGUACAAGUGCCUUCCACCACAACUUCAAUGAAACCAGAGGGGGCCACAGCGUCGUCUACAGAGCCACCGUCGUCUUCGGAGAAGAAAUAUCGAAUCCGAUCAGAGCUACCAGCUACAUCAACAAGAUUGGACGACAUACUGCUCUACGAUAUCGCCGAUGAGAUCGAGACUGAUGAACACCUCGAAAGGUUAAUGCACACUCUGGAAGUCACACUGGGGUCACAGUCACGGUAUCACGAGAUCAACAGGUUGGAAGGUCGCAUUACGGCUAGAGGAACCCGUCAAAUGAUGACGGAUUGGAGGGCCAGGACAGCAGUCAUAGAGCAACGGGACAGGCUGAAAGACGCCCUCACCAGGGCUGGGCUGUUGGACCUGAGGGACAGAUUCUUCCCAGGCUAG